UUGUUAUCGUUGCGUCACGAAAGACAAAGUUCUCUUCCGUUAGAAGGUUAGGCUCUUAGAAAAGUAAGCAAUGCCGGGGAUAGCGGAAAAGGCUACCUGCCACAGACUCCUUGCUGUUGUUUUUUUGAUGGCCGAGUAAAAUAAGAGUUCCAAGAACACAUGUAGAUUCGUUUGUGAGCGGUGUUUUCAUUUGGCGGCUUUUGAGUUUCGAGAGCUCGCAGGGCGCUUGCCGUAGCUUGGCAGGGCCCGUGGGAUUCUUUGUUUUGUCGGUACGUUUUGAUAUGUCGGUAGGGUUUUCACGUUGGGCUCAAUGUAAACGGGGAUAUUUUGAGAGCAGCAAGCAGAGAAAUCACAACGCUGCUUAAUUAGGAAAUGGUUUGGAUCUCUCAACACAAGAAAGCCCAGAAAAUCCACUUGAAAUAUGAUCAAGAGUGUUUGAUACUCUACAAGGAUAUACUAUCCAACCGAUACUACUUGGAUAUCUAAAGUAAGGCAACCUAUCUCAUUUAUAUAUCAUCUUUCCGAUUUCAACUCAUAUCAUGGUGUUCUAGUCACAAGUUUUAUAUGUAUCUCUUUGCCUUUUGCCGUAGUACAUCCACUAUCAAAACAAAAACACAAUUGAAUUUUCGAUUCACACGUUAACAAAACCUUGCGGUUCGCUAAAGUGAUUUAACGUAUAUUUAAUCGUUGCGGUAAUUAACUCGAAUACGCGUUAUAGCGAAGACAACAAAGGCCUCCCGCAGAGAUCUGUAUUUACUUGUUAUCUUUUUGUUCUAGAAUUCUAAGAAAACUAAAACCACUUUUUAAAAGUUCUUUAUAUUUCAAGUAAAGCUUUGUCUAAGUGAGUUUUGAUACGUCUCUGAGAUCCACCAUCGAUAAAUAUUAUAGCGAGUUUUUCUCGCGUCUGCUUGAUUGGUACUUAGUUUACCGCUCGCUUUCGCAUGUGGGUCGUUCUAAAGGGAUGCCUGCUGGGCCGGACCUAGUGCUGUAGUUUGCUUAUAGUGAUGGCCUUACAAGUAAUGCCAGCUGGAGGAGCUGUUGAGUUGCGUUAGUAUUAUAUGAUCAUGUCCUGCCGAGGUGGCGAUUGCUGAACGAUCGGUUGGUCCGUGCGUAGGACACAUUCACUUCAAGUCCAAUUAUGCAGCGUGAUCCAUUUAGGGUUAUUUCCGCUAAGACCUCUAUUCAUGACCUGUACCAUCCCACUCUCGAAGUGUUACUCCUCUGAGUGCAAUCUAAUAAGUGAUCAAAAAGAUCAAAUAAUCGUCUACAAGCGCACCCUGUACAUUCUCACUUCAAUCACUGAAGUAAACACUGUCCCAAUCCUCUCAGGCAAAAUGCUUCUCUUACGCUGUUUCUUACUACUGAGUAUGUACUUUCCUGUGCACGGUUUGCCCGCCGAGAGCUCGUCACAGCGAGCGAAACAUGAGGUCAGAAACAGCGCGGAUUUUCAAAUGAUGGAGCAGAGAUUUCUGGAUACCAUGGGCAUGAGAUCGCGGCCUCGGCCUAAGCGAGGGACACGCAUACCACAAUACAUGCUUGACUUGUACAAUAGCCAUAAGGCACAUCCAGAUUGGAUCUCUACGCAGUUUCGCUUUGGUGACAAGUGGAUUGGCGCGAACACGAUAAGGGCGUUUCACCAUACAGAUAACGAUGGGAUUGACGCUAGUGAAAAUUCCAACUUAACAAGAAUAAUAUUUGAUUUGUCGACAUUGCCCAUGUACGAGACAGUGACCUCCGCAGAACUUCGUCUUUCCACACGAAGCGGCGAUCUUAAGCAGCCUUCAAAUUCCACGCAACUUUGGAUACGUGUGUACCAGGUAUUACUGCCUGGAAUGGGAGACACGCCAGCUCUAAGAAGGCUAUUGGAUUCUCGCGAGGUUGACGCGCGUGUGGCCGGCUGGGAAAGCUUUAACGUCGAGCUCGCGAUACAGCACUGGGUUAAAAACCCCGAGCAAAAUUACGGACUGGAUAUUCAAGUGACCACCAAAGAAGGUCACAGUAUUAAAGAUGCAGUGCGCACGCGCGAGCAUCACGCGGAGGAAGACUGGCACGAGGAGAGACCGCUGAUCGUUACUUACAACCAUGAUGAGCUGCACCAUCAUCAUACGCGGAGAAAACGGAGCCUGCGGUCCGGCGGCGCCAAAAGACGGCGCCCGCAGUACUGUCAGCGGCAUCCUCUUUAUGUGGAUUUUACUGAUGUUGGUUGGAAUGACUGGAUCGUAGCGCCACCGGGCUACCACGCUUUCUAUUGUACUGGCGUAUGUCCCUAUCCCAUUGCAAAGCACUUGAACGCUACAAAUCACGCGAUUGUACAGACAAUCAUGAAUACUGUAGACAGCAAUGUCCCAAAUGCGUGUUGUAUUCCAACCACUUUGAAUCCAAUUAGCAUACUCUCCCUAAACGAAUUCGAUAAAGUCGUGCUCAAGAACUACAAGGACAUGGUGAUUGAAGGGUGCGGCUGUAGGUAGGGUCACGUGACCCACAAUGGGAGAUGUUGCGGCGAGACGACGCCGAGCCGAAAUCGAGCAGUCACGUGCUCUAUGGAUGAAAAGCUUCAGUCGCCAUACCUACUAAGGUGGACCGGACGAUAUGCAUGCCUUCAAGGAUGAUUAGAACGGGCAAUACAUAAUUCAAGGAGGGCAAUGCUAGUUGUCAUGGUUAUAGUUAGCAUGGUUACAUCAAAGUGAAUGGUAGCAGUGCCGACAUGACUACAAGCAUAUCUAAUGGCUAAAGGCCAUGGAACAAAAUCGGAUAAAUGUGGGUGAGAGAUAUGUCCCCGUCCCGGGGAUAUUUGUCCGAUAUUCUACUCAGUUGUCAGAGUGUUUUUAUUAUGACACUAGAUGAUAAAAAAGCUGUACAAAAAAUCAGUGUACAAGAAAACAUUUAGCGGCCAAUGCACUGCCGCAAGAGAAACCAAUAUACGAUAUUUAGAUCCAAAUCAACGCCAUACAUAAGUGGUUCUCCUCUCAUAUCAGGGAAAAUAGCCGAUUAAAAGUCUUCAGCAAACGCGUGUUUAGUCUAGAUAGAAGAAAAUCGAUUUUUCUUUCUUAAAUGACCAUAAAAGCACUAGUCACAAAAAUUAUAGAUCUCGCUGUUUCGCGAGUUUUUAAACCUGAAGAAUAAUGGAGAUACAAUGGGGAGGGAGGGGUGGGUGGGGACGUCUUUCUUUCGCAAAUUAGCUCAAAAUCUAAUUCCUGUUAUCUGUGUUAGUCAUGUACGUACUCCACAGAUUAUUGUAAGACAUACUAAGUUAUAAAGAAAGUUAUAUGAUGCGGGUACCCUGUGGAAAUAGCAGACCAACUAGAUAGCUGCCAAGCACUGAUUAGAUAUGCGGGCGACACUUUGACCUAAACAUCAUUGUAGUGUUGUUUUUAUUUUAAUCGAUUUUUUAAAAUAUGAAUUUGACCACAUGCAAAGCAUGAAAACAUUUCUAUUUUCAGUAAUGGCCUAAAAAAGCAAAAUAAAAAUGAAAUCAAAUAGGGAUGGAAAUCCCAUUUUUAACCACAGGGAUCCCGAUAUUGAAAACAUUUGUGUGAGAAAAGGGAAAGUUCCUAUGUUCAGAUUAUUAAGGAAAUAUUAUAUGAAUAUAUAAAUAUAUGAAUAUAGCCCGGGAUAGUGGGGAUGGGUAUUCUACCAUUGUAUAGAAGAAAUAAACUCAUUUCUAUGAA